CGGCCCCAGGGCCGCCCCACCAGCGGCCGGACCCCCGACCGGGCGGGGGCACCUACGGUUUCCUCCCGGGCUGGGGCACUGGGGCGGGCGGGCUCAGAAAGGCUCUAAACGCCCCGCCCUUGUCCCGGCUCCCCGCAAGGGUCUUGUCCCCUCGGGAGUGGGUCUCCCAAGGCCCGGAGAGGUGAGAGGUGACAGUCGGGCCUCCCAGCCGGGGCCCAGGGACCAGCGUUUGAAAACAGGGCCGUGGGCUCCAGCUGGCUUGGUGGCAAGAGGAGGAGUCCCCUGCAGAUGCUCUACGACCUGGACCAGGGCCCGCGCUCCGCGCUGGCCGAGGUGCACCGGCAGCGGCGCGACCUGCUGCGCCGCGCCUGCAGCCACCACACGCGCCGGCAGCGCCUGCUGCGGCCGGAGGACCUGCGGCACGUGCUGGUGGACGACGCGCACGGCCUGCUCUACUGCUACGUGCCCAAGGUGGCCUGCACCAACUGGAAGCGCGUGCUGCUGGCGCUGAGCGGCCGCGGCCCAGGAGACCCGCGCGCCAUCCCCGCGCACGAGGCGCACGCGCCCGGCCGCCUGCCCUCGCUGGCCGACUUCAGUCCGGCCGAGGUCAACCGGCGCCUGCGCGCCUACCUGGCCUUCCUGUUUGUGCGCGAGCCCUUCGAGCGCCUGGCCUCGGCCUACCGCAACAAGCUGCAGCGGCCCUGGAGCGCCGCCUUCCAGCGCCGCUUCGGCACCGGCAUCGUGCGCCGUCUGCGGCCGCGCCCGGACCCCGACGCGCUGGUCCGCGGCCACGACGUGCGCUUCGCCGAGUUCCUGGCCUACCUGCUGGACCCGCGCACGCGCCGCGACGGGCCCUUCAACGAGCACUGGGAGCGCGCCCACGCGCUCUGCCACCCGUGCCGCCUGCGCUACGACGUCGUGGGCAAGUUCGAGACGCUGGCGGAGGACGCGGCCUUUGUGCUGAGCCUGGUGGGCGCGCCCGGCCUGCGCUUCCCCGAGCCGCCGUCCUGGGCCCAGGCCGCCGCGCGCGACCGUGCCGCGCGCCUCUUCCGCGACAUCAGCCCUUUCUACCAGCAGCGCCUCUACGGCCUCUACAGGAUGGACUUCCUGCUCUUCAACUACUCCCAUCCCUCCUACCAGCGGCUGCGCUAGCCCUGCGGGCGGGGGGAUGGGGCGCGGAGACUGCGCAGGCUGCGGAGCCCUGACUCCGCCCGGAGAGCCGCCGCCCCCGCGCUCUCUCACCCUCGGCCCGCCCACCCCGCCCAGCCGCAUCCCCUAUGCAGCCCUGGUGCAGCCCACCUCCCCGCGGGGGCUGGCUGGACCCCUGGGUGCCUGCCGCCUGCUUCCUCGAAGCGCCCCAGCCGGCGGGUGCUUCCCCAGGACCCCUGAGUGGCUGAGGAUGGGAUAAUAGGUUUUUAGGUUGCGACCGCCUGUUUUUUUUUUUUUUUUUUU